AUGACUACUGUAAAUAGAUCCCAUCAACAAAGUGUAGGAAACUAUAUAGUUGGCAACGAAAUUGGGAGAGGAUCUUUUGCAACAGUUUAUAAGGGGUAUCAUAAGAAAACGAAAGAAAAUGUAGCAAUUAAAUCUGUAUCAAGAUCAAAAUUGACAAAAAAAUUACUUGAAAACUUAGAAUCAGAAAUAAAAAUUCUCAAACGAAUUCACCAUGAUCACAUAGUUCAAUUAGUUGAUUGUGAAAAAUCUGAGAGCCACAUACAUUUAAUUAUGGAAUAUUGUACUAUGGGUGAUUUAUCGCAAUAUAUAAAGCAAAGAGGAGCAAAUAACCACUCAUCAUCAAAGGGUCCAUCUGUUGGGCUAAGUGAAUAUGUUGUCCGUCAUUUUUUAAAACAAUUAGAACCUAAACAGAAAAAUUUCGGAUCUGUUGUCGGGUCACCGGAUUUGCCAAUUUUAAAGAUAGCAGAUUUUGGAUUUGCGCGUUCAUUGCCGUCUUCAUCUUUAGCAGAGACAUUAUGUGGCUCACCACUUUAUAUGGCACCAGAAAUAUUAAGAUAUGAAAAAUAUGACGCAAAAGCAGAUUUGUGGAGUGUAGGGGCUGUAAUUUAUGAAAUAAGUGUUGGCAAACCGCCGUUUAGAGCUCAAAAUCAUGUUGAGUUAUUGAAAAGAAUCGAAAAAGGUGGCGAUAAAAUAAAGUUUCCUAGUAAAAAUCCUGGAGUGGCGAUCCAUUCAGCAAAUACUCACGAUGACAAUUUGCCUGCCACCUCACCUACUAAUUCGACUUCUCUAAUUAGUGAAGAACUUAAAGAUUUAAUAAGACAUUUGUUGAAACGUAAUCCUGUAGAACGUAUUUCUUUUGAAGAAUUUUUUAUGCACCCUUGUGUUGUAGGUGAUUUAAUACCUCAACCAUUGACAAAUUCAUUUGAUCCAAAAGAGAAACCAGGCGAUAAUUUGAAACCUAAUAGGAUCACAAAUACACCAUCAACAAACAAUUACUACGCAUCAAACCAAUCACAAAAGAACUCGUUUAAAGAUAACAGUAAUAAUGCUAAAUAUCAACAAAUUUUACAAAGGUCACCUAAAUCCCCAAACAUAGAUAAAAUGUUUGAACGAUCAAAGGACAACAACAACAAUAAUAAUGAAUUUCUUCAAGUCAACAACGAAGUUCAGCCUUCCUAUGAUAAUCGAUCUCCAUCACCUUCAUUAUUAGUGCAAACACCUUACCCACAGGAUGAACUUGUAAAAAGGCAAAACACUGAUGCUGAAAACUUUGAACAUUCAAAUAGAUCAAAUAGUGCCGAAGAUGAUGUUCAAUUUGCGAGGGAAUAUGUUUUGAUUGAGAAACGUGCAGUCGAGGUUAAUAAAUUGGCUGAUGAUCUUGCUGUAAUACCCAAAUCGAAUGGAAGUUCACAGCGACCUUUUCAUAAAGGUACAGCCUUUGCGUUUUCAGAUGCCUUGCCCUCAAAACCCCUUGAUUUUCCAUAUAAGACUUCACCAAAUCAAAAUUCUUUCUUUUAUUCGACAACACCACCUUUUGCUAUACCACAAUCCAGUCAAGACAAAAGUAGCCCUGUUGGAAGUAUAGGUAGUAGUGCAUCUUCGGCUCUUGCUAGAGCUUUAAAUGUUGCAUCAGUUCGUUUAUUUGGUACUGGUAAUUCACCGCCAUCUUGGAGUGAUAAAUAUUCAAAACAAAAAGGCAAUUCUGCUUUACUUACAAAUGACGUUAUACUUGAUCCCGAGGAAGAAGCAGUAAUUAAAGCAAUAGAGGAGUAUGCUCAAAAGGCACAUUUUGUUCAUCAAUUUGCUGAUUCAAAAAUUAAUCAACUCUUACCACCACCACCUACUAGCAGUAAUGAAUUAGCAUAUAAUUCACCACCCACGCCUCAAGCUGCUAUUACUUUAGCUGAAGAAGCAUUUGUUCUAUAUGUUAAAGCACUUUCAAUAUUACAAGCAGCAAUUGUUUGUGCAAAAGAUUAUUUAUCAAAAUCAAAUGAAAAAGAAGAUUUAUUUAAAAAAAAUGCACAUCCUAAAUUAAAUACCGCUGUGCAAUGGGUUCGUGCAAGAUUCAAUGAAUGUUUGGAAAAGGCUGAGUAUGCAGAAUCUAGAUUCCUCGCAAAUGGAGAAAUGACGACCGAGGUUGUUGUAGAGAAGUUGCUUUAUGAUAAAGCAUUAGAAAUGAGUCGUCAUGCAGCUGUCAAUGAAUUGAUUAAUGAAGAUUUGUUAGGAUGUGAAAAGGCAUAUAAAACAUCUAUUCAUAUGUUAAAUGCUAUAUUAGAAGGUUCCCCUGAUGAAGUAGGAAUGGGAGACGAUGAUAAAAAAGUGAUAAAUAAAUUUAUUAAAUCAAUCAAUAAAAGACUUGACUCUUUACAAAAAAAAUUGGCUCAAUCAGAUAACAAUCUAUCGUUGGCAGCAUAA